AUGAUGAACUUGCUGCUGACCGACGAAAUAGUCAUUUGGCUGCCCGUCUACGAGCUCAACAAUCCCGCCUACACCAACUUCAACUACCUUCUUUUCACCAUCGUCUACAUGGUGCUCAUGUCGAUCUCCGCCUAUUUCACCGUUUUGCUGGUCGUCACGUCGUGGAGGAUUCGCAAAUUUCACAAGAAUAUGACCAUUUGCUUCAGCUUCUAUUUCGGCGUCUGGUUCGAGUGCUGGAUCGGCGUCGUGCUCACGUGGCCCUACAAGUGCGGUCUUCUCGUCGUCGACGGUGAGAAGCCAACUUUUUGUGUAGUUUUACGCAAACCGCUUCGUUUCGUUUCGUUUCUACAGACUCCAAUCAACUGUUCACCAACUUUGAGCUGAGCGACACGUCACGAAUGGCGCGAAUAACCAACUACUCGGAGAGCACGUUCCUGCUCCUCGGCUCCUUUCUAAUCUGGCACUAUCUCGCGUCGACCGUGUCCGGAAUGUGCAAUUUUGUGAUUGAACGAGCCAUCGCCACGUUUUUCUUCAGGUUUUUCGUGGCGCUUUGUGGGAAACGUUGACGAUUUGGUUUUAGCGAUUACGAGAAGAUCGAGCGAAGCUACAUCGGCUACGGUCUCUUGCUCACCUCACAAUUCGCGGUGAUUCAAUCGUCGAUUCUGCUCUUCUUCUACAUUUUCACACUCAAAUACGCGCUCAUCAUCACGAUCACACUGCUCAGUUCUGUCGUUAUUGUGAGCUUCGGGGGGGCGGAAAUGAGUGUGUCCAGUGAGCACACGCGCGUUUUUCAGUCGUUUUUCUUUCUGCUCCACUACAAUACAUCGUUGCGAAAUCAGUUGGAUAUUAGUCAAAUCAAGAUUUCGUACAAUUUGGCAGCCAGGUUUCAAGCGGCUGAAAAUGCGAGAUCUUUAAAGGUGUGAGGGGGGGGCGAAUUUAUAUCGAUCCACUUUUCGUGUCACUUCCAGCUCGCCAUCUUCGUGUUCGCCGUCAUCUGCUGCAUUUUUGUGACGGCCAUCUCGAUGCUGCUGAUCGUGCUGUUCCGACUCGUUCCCGACGAGUCCAACUACAUUGUGACGAGCGCGUUCGAGUGCAUUUUCUCGCUGUAAGUCGUCGACAAUAUAUCUGGCCGCUGUUUAACAGCAGCAGCCCUCGGUUUUGCAGAAAUCCGCUGUUCAUCGUGCCGGCGGCAAUGUUUUCGGUGCCCGAGUGGAAGGAGGCAUUCUGCAAACAUGUACCGUUUAUGGCAAACAACAAGUUGGCGCGGAGGACGACGAGAUUUGCCGACGCAAAAGUGAAUCACGAGUUGCGAGUCAGCAUGGAGACUAAUUUGUAUUUUGUGCAGUUGGAGGACUCUUGGAAGACAUAA